CAUUAGUAUUAAAUUGAGAUAUUCGUGGAUAAGAUAAGGGUAUCUCUUCUCUGCAACUCAACUUGAGCAGCAACACAAGCUGAUACCCCAUGGCCAGCAUUACUGUGGGCCUCAAAUUUCACCCACCGCCCUGCUUCCCCAGACUCCGGCCGCCGCCUCAUUCACAUGGAAUACUUCCCCGUACUUCUUCAGUAGCAGCAAAAUCCACUUCUUGCCAAUUGCACGAGUCUAGUAAAGAUUUUGCAGUUCCAAGGCGGAAAGCAAUGGCAUUGAUUGUAUCAGGUUUCAUCUAUUCACAAGCUGGCACGUGCGAUAAUGCUUUUGCAAACUCUGUUACAUUCAGGGAAUAUACAGACCAAUUUGAUGGCUACACAUUGCAGUACCCAUCAAAUUGGAUCCAAGUCCGUGGCGCUGGUGCUGAUAUAUUCUUCAGGGAUCCUUUUGUUCUUGACGAGAACAUAUCAGUGAACAUAUCUUCACCUUCGUCGUCGCAAUACAAAAGUGUGGAAGAUCUAGGUUCACCUGAGGAAGCAGGGAAGAAAGUACUGAAACAGUAUCUGACUGAGUUUAUGUCCACUAGACUUGGUGUGAGGCGAGAAUCAAGUAUUCUUUCUACCUCGUCUAAAGUAGCUAGUGAUGGAAGGCUAUACUAUGAAGUCGAAGUGAACAUAAAGUCGUAUGCGAACAACAAUGAAUUGGCUGUCAUGCCGCAGGACCGAGUGGCACGACUGGAGUGGGAUCGUCGUUAUCUUUCAGUACUUGGGGUUGAGAACAACCGACUGUACGAACUUAGGUUACAGACACCGGAGAAGUCGUUUGCAGAGGAGGAAAAGGAGUUGCGUGAGAUUAUGGAUGCUUUCAGAGUCAACAAACUUGCUGCUUGAGAGCAAAAUUUUUGCAGCUACCUUCCAUGUAAACUUGAUUUAUACUUGAAUCUAACUAUUUGUUUGUAGUUGUUGAUUCCAUUUAUUGGUUUUAAAUAUUUGAGUGAGAGAUUUCAAACAAGUAUAAUACAUUCAUUCAAAGCACUA